UCUUCUGACAAAAAGUAUCCCUUUGAGAAGCUUGGGGAGCUGCAGCAAGAGACAAUUGCAACAGACGCCGAUGCAACGAUUCCAGCGAUGGAGCUACCGCUGUGCGGGGUCCGACGGAUAUGGGUAGCCCGAGAGCACCGCCGGCGAGGCAUCGCCACCGCCCUUCUCGACUGUGUACUUCAAAACUUUGCAUACGGACAUUCGCUAUCUCGAAGCCGAGUUGCAUUUGCAGAGCCGACAGCAGAUGGAGCCGACUUUGCAGUCAAUUUCACCGGCCGCGAGGACUUCUAUUACUAUUGA